AUGGCUACUGGUACCAGUAUUCGAAGAGACUUAAGCUUAGAAACAGAUGCUCAACCUAUUCACCAGAGAUUUCAUCGUACACCACCAAACCACCAAUACAGUGGACCAAACAGAAUAAAUGAUGCUGAAGUCUACAGGAAUGAUCCACGAUACCCCAGCAGUGCUACACACGAACCUGUGGAGCAUUUCCACCUGGUUCACUUUGUUUUUGUAUCGGCCAAAGAGGAUUUUUCAAAAUUUGCGGAAUUCAGAAUCUGGUUUCAAAAUAUUGUAGAUACAAUAGAAAAUGGGGCAAAUGUAAAAAUCGAGCCUCAUGACAGUGAAGAGUUUCCUCCCGCCCAUGAUGAUAAUGUUCACGAUAUAUGUGAGAGAGCAAUGUUCAUCUUACCCUUCCUUACCAAGAAUUACUGUUCAGACAAAAAGCUGCAAUUUUUCACCAGUGAAGGUAUUGGAAAAACGAGACUUGAUCCCACAACACCAACUGGACAUUGCUCAAAGGUUGUCAAAAAUCAAAAGAUGUACUGUAUCAGGCCAGUUUUAACUGCAGACCCCAAAACUGGGGAAUAUUCUAUUCCAACAGGCCUGACUAUGAUGCGAGGCAUUGAUUACUAUUGUAAGGAAAAAAACCCUGCAUUUGUACGGAAUCAAGUCAUUGGCAUGGUAAAAUCAGCCAUGGCAAAGUUCCAGGAGAGAAGAAAUGCCAUGAUUGCAGCUCUCACAGGAAAUGAUAAUUUCUUGGAUGAUUUUAAUCAAAGGUUUGAGCAAAUGUAUGGCCCAGCACCAACACCUGAGAUGUACAUGCAAAGUAUUUCCUCUCCAGAGUUCCCUCAGAAAGAAGUGAGGUAUUAUGAUAUGCCUGUUGUCCAUACUUCACAAGGUAGAUCUGUAGUCCAAGAACAGGGAGAGGAAAGGUCAGAGGUCAGAGAGGGUUCACCAUUGACCAAUGGCAGACGACAAGCUGCAUCAGUGGAUACACUGGAUAGACAAAGUGGUAUCCAAGAAUCUCAAGGACAAAGCAGCACGAGUCAAAGUAGCUCCACAGGAGCAAAUGGAGGUGAAGAGGGAAGUAGCUUGGAUUUGUCUCUGGAGGUGGACGUUGGGUCUACAAGUAGGAGUCUAACGGACAGGGAUACAUCUGAGAGAAGCAAGGAUCAGCACAUGAGGAAGGAAGUUGGCUCCACUCCUGCUAAACCAGGAACAGGGCUUGCCAUACAGAAGUCAUCUGAUUCAGAUGAUGAAGUGGUAACGAACUGUGUCUCGUACACAGAACCGGCUAUGGCCUCUGUUGCCAAGGCUGCAGCUGUCAACACUCAAAGGGAGGAAACUGUAGGAAAACCCAGGAAAAAGGACAAAAAACCUAAGGAGACGUUUAACAUUGUUAUCAGCAACUGCAAUGUAGUACAGAUAGGGGACGGGUCUGCCCUUCAUACAUCCAAUAUCAAAGCUCAGAGAAAAGCAGAUAUUGGAAGAAAACUCGGCAACGAGAGAAACUGGAAUGAGUUAAACACAACAAAGCCUGGAAUGAAAGGGGAGGAGAGGACUCCGCAGCGCCAGAGAUCUAAGGGUUCAGACAGCAAUGAUACCGUGAUCCAGGACAAUAUACCGAGUGACUACAGUCAUCCACGUCUGAUUUCUCCUGCUACAGGAACACCACAGGGUUUAGAAGAAAAAAAUACAGACAACUUGCCAACGCACAUUAGCGGGGAUCCAGAAGAAUCACACUCAGAUAUGAUGGACUCUUUUCUUGACAAUCAGCUGAAUGAUCCCUCCCUAGAAUCCCUAGAAUCCUUCCCACCCCUCGGAGGGCAUACAUAUCCCCAACCAAUAUGUCUUUCUACGUUGCCAGAGGCCUCGUUUCCUCCCAUUUCAAUGGAGCCUAGCUACAGUUCCAAUUCACAUGAGUCUGCCUCAGUCUUAAACUCACUCGAAUCUGCCUAUAGCUCAAACUCACAAGAAUCUGCCUACAGCUCAAACUCACAUGAGUCUGCCUUAAUCUCAGUUCCACAUGAGCCUGUCUUCAAACUCUGUAAGAACACACUGAAGAGAUACAACAGUUGUGACAGUGGGUACCAUUCUCACUUCAGCCAUGUGUACAAGAGUUCUGCAUCGGCCAUUGGAGGUAGGGAAAAGUUUACAGAUGAUGUGGACUGAAAGGUGGAUCUAACAAUUUUAAAGAUUUUAUUUUUCCAAAUAUAUCAAUGCAGGAUAUUGCUGUUGGCCUAGUAUUGAGUUUGAGUCUUUGAAUUGUCCAUGUAUUUGACUGUUAUGAACUCGAAGAGUUAAGGAUCAUUCAAAUAGGACUUGCAAAAUAGAAGAGUGACAGCUUAUAAAGAACACAUAGUGCUUCUUUCUGCAUGGAUCAAAUAAACUGAAAGGGGAAAAAUAUAUGUAUUUAUACCCAUAUGUAUGCAAUUUCAUAACAUUAGAUGAAUGGUGUUACAUCAUGUAUUGUACAUUACCCCACCUCUGUUGAUUUUUCCGUGAAAUUCUGGCUUACGAUUGGUUGAAGUCUGUCACGUGAAGGCGGUGGAUUACUUAUACCCGGUCAGUUGUAAAUCCAUACCCGGU